AUGGUAUUACUGCAAAUUAAUACAGAUGCCAUCAUCCAAUCUAUUGAUAAAAAGAUAACUCAACCAUCAAUUACCAAUUACAGCAAAGAUACACACAACACAUUCCUUCACCUCUUCUCUUUUACUCUCUCUGUCUCUCCAAGUCUUUCAACUAUGUACCCUCCAUCCCCCACCCAAGCAAGCCCACUUCGAAAAAUGAUUGUCGUGGCCUCUAUUGCUGCCGGCAUUCAAUUUGGGUGGGCUCUGCAACUCUCUCUCCUAACCCCUUAUGUUCAGCUUUUAGGUGUCCCACACACUUGGGCUGCCUUUAUCUGGUUGUGUGGGCCAAUCUCAGGAUUGGUUGUGCAGCCUAUAGUAGGUUACUACAGUGAUCGUUGCACCUCUCGCUUUGGCCGUCGCCGCCCCUUCAUAUUCUACGGCGCUAUUGCCGUCGCCAUUGCUGUAUUCCUUAUUGGCUAUGCAGCCGAUAUAGGACAUGCUGCUGGCGACGACAUUACAAAGAAAACUCGGCCCCGCGCUGUGGCGAUCUUCGUGGUGGGCUUCUGGAUCCUUGAUGUGGCGAACAAUAUGCUUCAAGGACCUUGUCGCGCGUUCCUCGGUGACUUGGCCGCCGGUGACCACAAGAAGACAAGGGUGGCCAAUGCCUUCUUCUCGUUCUUCAUGGCCGUCGGGCAAGUGUUGGGGUACGCGGCAGGCUCUAUCAAAGGCCUCCACAAAAUCUUCCCUUUCACUGAGACAAAAGCUUGCGACGUCUUCUGCGCUAACUUAAAGAGUUGUUUCUUUCUCUCAAUUUUGUUCCUUCUCAUUCUGGCUAUCAUCGCUCUCAUUUACGUGAAAGACCCAGUGAUGACAACACCCGAAUUGAGCAAUGAAGGGGAGUCUUCGUGCUUUUCGCAAAUAUUGGGCGCAUUGAAGGAACUGAAGAAGCCUAUGUGGAUGCUAAUGCUUGUGACUGCUGUGAAUUGGAUCGGGUGGUUCCCUUACUUCUUAUUCGACACUGAUUGGAUGGGUCGUGAGGUGUAUGGUGGAGAUGUCGGUGAGGAUUCGUACGCUGCGGGAGUGCGUGCUGGAUCGUUGGGUCUCAUGUUAAACGCUGUCGUUUUGGGUGUGAUGUCAUUGGCGGUGGAACCGUUGGGUCGCAUGGUUGGGGGAGUUAAGGUGUUGUGGGGAAUAGUUAACGUUAUUCUUGCUGUUGCAUUUGCAAUGACAGUGGUUAUUACUAAGAAUGCAGAACAUGAGCGCCACUUGAACCCUGCAGCCAUUGGACACCCCUCCCAAGGUGUCAAAAUUGGCGCCUUGCUUUUCUUUUCUGUUGUUGGAAUUCCUCUUGCGGUUACCUACAGCGUUCCAUUUGCUUCAGCAUCAAUAUACUCUAGCACUUCGGGAGCAGGCCAAGGUUUAUCUCUGGGAGUCCUCAAUCUUGCAAUUGUCAUCCCACAGAUGGUGGUAUCGGCAUUAAGUGGUCCAUGGGAUGCUUUGUUUGGUGGUGGCAACUUGCCAGCUUUUGUGAUGGGUGCAGUGGCUUCUGCCAUCACCGCCGUGUUGGCAAUUUUUCUGCUACCAAGUCUAAAGCCCGAUGAUGAGGCUAAAGCAGCUGCAAACAUGGCCACGGGAAGCUUCCACUAA